AUGACGACUCGCUCCGGAAACCGGUUUGCUGUUCUGGAAAGCCAUCGCGGCGAAGACGACGAGCCCGAAUCGCCCAAGAUCAAGAAGAAGAAGAGCAAGAGCGUCCUGCCGGGAUCGCCCAAGAAACCCAUCAACGAACAAGGUCGAUCGAGUUCGGUCUCGAGGAACAAGCAAACCGAACAGUCUAAGAACAAGAUGGCCACCCGGCCGCUCGAAGUUUCAGAUCAGAUGGGCGUCGGUCUGCGUGGCCGAAACACUGCCCCGACCCACUCUGAUUACGAUUUACUCGAGAAAGGCGCCGGGAAGGCCAGCACCCCUGCUCCUACCUCAGAAAAAAAUCACGCCCGAGUCGCUAAGAAAAAGUCGAAAAAUGUCAUCAAACUCUCCAAAAGGGAUGGCAAACUGUCCGAAUCCCAUCCCCCCGCCCCAUCCAUGGCCGCCCUUUCGUCGAAGGAUAAACGGGCAAUGGCCCUUCUGGUCGUCUUGUAUAUGCUUCAGGGUAUCCCCGUCGGUCUGGCGUUUGGAUCAGUCCCAUUCUUACUGCGAGCACGAUUGUCUUACACACAAAUCGGGCUGUUCUCGCUGGCCUCUUAUCCGUACUCAUUGAAGCUUCUGUGGUCGCCGAUCAUCGACUCGUGUUACUUCCCUAGCAUCGGCCGACGAAAAUCGUGGAUCAUCCCCGUCCAGGCCCUUGUUGGUGUCACCCUAUGGUGGCUAGGUGACCACGUCAGCAUCCUAAUGGAUGCUGAGAUCCCCGACGUCAAAACUUUAACCGUCCUGUUCUUCACUCUCGUCAUGUUUGCGGCUACCCAAGACAUUGCUGUCGAUGGCUGGGCUUUAGAAUUACUCUCUCAGGACAAUCUAUCCUAUGCAUCAACCGCACAGACCGUAGGAUUGAACAUAGGAUACUUCCUCUCGUUCACCGUCUUUCUGGCUUUCAAUAGUCUUGAAUUUAGUAACAAUCGAUGGAGGAGCUUGUUCGGCUUCCCCAUCCAAGAUUAUCCGUUGAUGACGCUAUCGGGUUACUUGAAGUUCGGGGGCGUCUGCUUCAUACUAGUGACCCUAUACCUAAGUUUCUUUCAAACCGAGGAUCCGGUUGAUAAAGACUCGCCAGAAUCUAACAUGGAUGUCAAGAAGGUUUACCAGAUCAUGUAUGAGAUUUGCAAGUUAAAACACGUCCAAAGCUUCAUCCUUCUACACUGUAUCGCCAAGUUGGGCGUCAGUGUUAAUGACGCUGCGACCAGUCUGAAACUUCUCGAGAAAGGCUUGAGUAAAGAGGAUAUGGCACUCAGCGUCCUCAUCGAUUUUCCAUUCCAAAUCUUCUUGGGCUACUUUGCUGCGAAAUGGAGCAGCGGAGAUAAACCCCUACAGCCGUGGAUUUGGGCCAUGUGGUUCAGAUUGGCCUUCAGCGCAUGGAAUGUCGGACUGGUCUACUUCUUUCCCGAGGCUAAACCACUCUCAAACUCAUAUUUCAUACUGGUGAUUGCCUCGACGGUCGUGUCAAGUUUUGCUAGCACCGUCCAAUUUGUUGGGAUAUCCGCCUUCCACACUCAAAUUGCAGACCCCCUGAUCGGAGGCACUUAUAUGACCUUACUCAAUACCGUCUCGAACCUCGGAGGGACUUGGCCCAAGUACUUUGUCCUGAAGGGCGUCGACUUCUUUACCGAGGCAAAUUGUUUGAUUCCCAAUGCUAAUAGUACUCAACGGGAGAUCGACGGUAAAGAAUGUGUCUCGGAUUUGGGCAAAGCCAAAUGUACAGAUUUUCAUGGAAACUGUCAUACGAUCAAGGACGGCUACUACAUCAUGCAGGCUAUUUGUAUCACACUUGGCGCGGUCCUCUUACUGAUUGUGAUCGGUCCGGCCUCAAGAAAACUGGAUGCACUUCCUGCACGCGCGUGGCACGUCCGGAAAGCGUUGUAA